UAAACGUCAGUUGACUUCGUCUAAUAAAAAAUCCGACUAUAGGUACAAUAAUCCGAUCACGAGAUGGACAAGAAUCUGAUAAUAAAACUUGACAAUUUUAAAUUGAUCUACGUAUAGUUAAUGGCUCCAUAGUUGGGAUGGACGUAUGUACACAGUUUAAAAACAAAGGUGCUUCAAUCGCGAAACAUUUUGCGCGCCAACAAGCUUUUGGGUAGCUUCAAGCUGGACGUAGCCACGGUGUGGAGCCAGACAGACCGCCAGUUCUAUCACAAAUGGGCCUUGCUGACUGACCCUGAUGAUGUAGCCGCCGGGGCUAAGGGCUACCUGAAGUGCGACAUUAGUAUAAUUGGUAAAGGCGACACGAUCAAGAUCCCACCGAAGAGCGAAAAAGACGAGGAUGACAUCGAAGCCAAUUUGCUGCUACCCGACGGCGUGCCAAUUGAGCGUCAACGAGCUAAGUUUAUCGUCAAAGUGUACAAGGCCGAAGGACUUCCGAAGAUGAACUACUCUAUAAUAUCGAAUGUGAAACGAGCCUUCACUGGAGAGAGCACGGAAUUAGUCGAUCCGUACGUCCAAGUCAGCUUCGCUGGAAUGACAGGGAGCACAUCAGUUAAGAAGAACUGCUACGCUCCAGUGUGGAACGAGCAGAUAAUAUUUACGGAGAUGUUCCCACCGCUCUGUCAACGUAUCAAGGUCCAGCUUCGGGAUAAUGCUCCGGUCCAUCCUAACAUUAUCGGCACGCACUUCAUUGACCUCAAGACAAUCUCCAAUGACGGAGAACGCGCAGGGUUUUUGCCAACGUUUGGUCCAGCCUACGUAUACAUGUACGGCUCAACUCGAGACUACAGUAUUAUUGACCAGCACGCGAACCUUAACAUGGGAAUGGGUGAAGGCGUUGCCUACCGCGCCAGGAUUCUUCUCUCCAUCCGCACGGAGAUCGCGGAGAGCAUUGAAUGUCCAACAACUGAGGUCGAAAUAGAAUCUAUUCCACCAGUCAUUGAGUCCAGUUUCGAAAAGAACGCGGAGUUCUUCUUGUUUUCGACAAUUUUCGACGCCAACAUGAUCGAUAAGCGUCUGGUGGAUAAGGCAUUGCAGUUUGAACUGAGCAUCGGUAAUUCUGGGAACAGCCUGGAUGGUCACAACGAAUCUGUACGGCGCCCACAGGAUGUAGACCUCGAAGAGAACGAGGACAUUAGUGUGGACACCGGAUAUUGGCAAAGCUUAACGCAUCCCACAAAAGCAACAUCGACUGACAAGACUUAUUAUUAUAUUCCGUAUUGGGAUCACAAGCAAUGCAUGCACGUUCGCAGUAUUUGGCCUGACCAUCGCCGCAGAAUGUACAACUCCAACUUGAUCGCCAAUAUUGUCGAAAAAUUCGAGGAGGGGCUGAAUGAUGCCCAAGCGACAAUUGAAUCGGAAGUUAAUCCAGGCAGCAACAGUAUUCUGGCUUUGAAAUCUGCUCUUGAAACAGUCAGCAGUGCCUGCGCUGCUUAUGUACGCCACAUGACCAACGCCCCACCAAUCGGAAAUACUAAGCUUGAUCGUGAACGACAGAAAAUGUGCUUAUAUGAAAUUGGUCACCUAAGUAGCCUUACUAAGGGACUGAGGGCUUUAAUCACAAAGCAUUCGAUUAAAGAUCGCUUGCGUACUGCUCAUGCUUAUCUAAAUAAGUUAAAAUCUUUGUGCGAGGAUGCACAGCAUGCAAUGCCCGAUAUCUUUAUUUGGCUUAUUAGCAACGGAAAACGUUUGGCAUACCAAAGAAUUCCAGCUCGGUAUCUAAUUUACUCUGACGUACCAGAAGAGUGUGGUAAAUACUGUGGAAAAAUGCAAACUCUGUUCAUGAAGUGGCCUGGAAAGAAAGCGACCACGCCAAGCGGCUGGGCUAUUCCAGCAAAAAUCAGCGUCUACCUGUGGCUUGGCGUCGUUCAGGACAAGAAACAUUUUAUUGACGGUCUACCGAAAGGCUAUGAUCCCAGUAGCGAGCUAAGAAACGCUGACAAAAUACGAUCUAAUCCGCCGACCAACAUAUUUUAUAUGGAAAAACACAAUUUCCAAAUGAGAGCAUAUAUUUACCAAGCUCGUUCUCUGAUUGCUUCUGACUCGUCCGGACUAUCGGAUCCGUUUGCUCGAGUAGUUAUUGGUGACUGUACUACCACCACCCAAGUAAUAGAUGAAACUUUAAGUCCAACAUGGGAUGAGUUGCUCGUUUUCGAUGAUGUACUUCUCUUCAGCACAAUGGAACAAAUCAAAUCUGAUCCGCCAACGAUCGUAAUAGAAAUAUUUGACCAAGACAAAGUUGGAAAAUCCGAAUUUAUCGGUCGCACUCUUGCAAAACCGAAUGUGAAGUCUUUCGAAGAAACCUGUGACAAAUCACAGAAGCUCCCUUCACUGGAGUGGUACGAAAUCACUAGAGGCGAUGACAGAGCUGGUGAAUUAUUAGCAACCUUCGAACUUCUUGAAAUACCACCAAAAAAGGACGCUUCUGUACUCCCCAACCUGCCGACUCCGCGAGAAGGAAAUGGAAAGCUACCAAUUGAUGUCAACAAAGGUCCUAUUCUACCAGUCCCGCGUGGUAUAAGACCUACAUUAUCUAAAUAUCGCAUUGAAGUACUAUUUUGGGGCCUGCGUGAUUUAAAACGCGUCCAUCUACUAACUGUCGAUAAGCCCCGAGUCGAUAUUGAAUGUGCUGGUCAUAUUAUAUAUUCAACGGUGAUACAAAAUGCAAAACGAAAUCCCAAUUUCACGAAUCCUAUUAAAUAUGUGGAUGUUGAACUUCCUGAUCAAGAUUUAUAUCGACCUCCAUUAACCAUUCGAGUGGUGGACUGUCGAAGUUUUGGUAGAACAACUUUGGUAGGAACAUAUACUUUAAACUCCAUCCACAAAUAUCUUUACACUCCAAUGAGCAAAAAAGAACGAGAUAUAGAAGAGAGGAAAAAGUCAAUAAUUCCAUUGCAAAAUGUAGACCUACGCGCCAAUUGUAUCAUUCAAGAUGACGCAAUAACAAUCGAAAAUGAUGGGUUCAAGGAAAAUUGCCCUCUAAUUUCCCGUGAUUCACGAUUUGCGGGACCGCCGAGCUCUGGGAAGCAGCCAUUGCGUAUAAGGUUUACAAGAAACGAACCCGUGAGGAAGAGGAAGCCGAGCACCGACUCUAUCAUGGGCGAUGCUGAGCGCAGCAAAGAUUGGUGGACUAAAUACUUCGCUUCUAUUGAAUAUAUGAUCGAGGACGAAAAAGAAGCAAAGAAAGAAAGACAAUUCCCACAGACUCAGAAACUAGAGAUGAUUGGCGAAGCCCGCUCUCCUGAUAUUACACAUUCCCCAAGAUCAGUUAGUGAACGCGAUCGAGAUCGCCCGAAAGGCCGCCGUCGGGCUUCUAUAACUGUUAAAAUCAGCCCAAGCAUGACGAAGAGCAACGAGAUACCACGCACAGCCUUGGCAAAGGUGUACCCACAUGAACUAGAAGCGGUACCAGAAUAUGAAGAGUUCAAAGAAUGGCUUCAUUCGUUCGAACUAUAUCGAGGCAAGAAAACUGGGGACGACACUGAAGAUGAAAGCAGAGUUGUAGGAGUGUUCAAGGGCGCCCUCAAAUUCUACAAAUGGCCUCUGCCCAAAGGUAUUGACGAUCAUACUGUAAUGGGAAUGGACCCUAAUCAUGGAUUCUUCCAAGGAGUUCCCAACAACGAUCCAAUUCAUGUGUUGAUUCGAGUGUAUAUUGUCAAGGCUACCGACCUUCACCCAAUGGAUUUGAACGGAAAAGCCGAUCCAUACAUUGUACUACACUUGGGCUCCAAGCGCAUCAGUGACAAGGAACACUACGUUUCCAAACAACUGAAUCCUGUAUUCGGUAAAUGCUUCGAAAUAGAGGCAACGUUCCCUCAGGACUCUAUGCUGACUAUUCAAGUUCUCGAUUGGGACUUGCUGGGGUCUGACGAUCUUAUUGGAGAAACUAAAAUUGAUCUCGAGAAUCGUUUCUACAGCCGCCACCGAGCGACUUGUGGACUUCCCAAAAAAUACGAAGAGCAAGGGUACAAUCAAUGGCGCGAUGCUAUGAAGCCCACCCAAAUAUUGGCCAAGCUGUGCAAAGACGGCAAAUUAGAUCCACCAAUUUACGAACAGAGCCGUGUCAAAAUUGGCAAAACUAUUUUCAAUAUCCCGGUUGAUGAUCCAGAACUUUUCUCUAACCCCGACACCAUAGAAGAACAAAUGGCGCUAGUUGUCUUGCACCGCUGGCAAGAAGUUCCUCGAGUGGGUACAAAGCUAGUCACCGAACAUGUUGAAACUAGACCUCUUUAUAAUCCCAGUAAACCAGGUAUUGAACAAGGCCGUCUGGAAAUGUGGGUCGACAUGUUCCCUAGAGAUAUGCCUAUGCCAGGACCGCCACUUGAUAUUUCUCCGCGGAAACCAAAAUCUUAUGAAAUGAGAGUUAUAAUCUGGAACACAGAUGACGUUGUACUGGAGGAUGAUGCAUUCUUCACCGGAGAAAAAAUGUCCGACAUCUACGUCAAAGGGUGGGUUAAAGGACCAGAUGACUGUCAAAGCACUGAUAUACAUUACCGCUCGCUCACCGGCGAGGGCAACUUUAACUGGCGUUUUAUAUAUCCGUUUGAUUAUCUGGAAGCGGAGGAACGUAUAGUGAUCACUCGCAAAGAGUCAGUAUUCUCUUGGGAUGAAACAGAAUGCAAGAUUCCAGCUCGUCUCGAGCUCCAAGUUUGGGACGCAGAUCAUUUCUCAGCAGACGAUUUUCUGGGUGCUAUUACCCUUGAUUUGAACCGCUUUCCUCGUGGCGCUAAAUCAUCGAAGCUCUGCACUUUGGAUAUGCUACGAAACGACGGCUCAGUACCAAUGGUAAACAUCUUUAAGCAGAAGCGCGUUAAAGGCUGGUGGCCUUUCUACAUAAAACGUGACACAGAAGAAAUGGAACUCACUGGAAAAGUCGAAGCCGAAAUUCAUCUUUUGACUCGCGAGGAAGCUGAUAAAGUUCCCGCUGGACUCGGUCGCGGUGAACCUGACCCCUUAGAAAAGCCUAACCGCCCGGAUGCUUCAUUCAUGUGGUUCUUGAACCCACUGAAAUCGAUCCGUUACAUCGUCUGGCACAAUUACAAAUGGACUAUCUUGAAGGCUGCUAUCAUCAUCGCCAUGGCUGUCAUGAUUCUACUACUCGUUUACGCAGUCCCAGGCUACACUGUUAAAAGGCUUUUGGGUGCUUAAAUGAUUUUCAAUUGAAUCAAUACCUCGAUUCAUGCAGAGGCACAUUUCGGAUUCGUAGUCAACCUUUAUUUAUAAAAAAUGUGUUUUAACCAACAAUAGUCUUGUUAUAAAUAACCAUUAGUAAAAUUACAAGAUUGACGCAUUGACGGGAUAUUAUGAAAGCAUUCUCUCAUAAUUAUAUUCAUAGUACAAGCAUUAAUGUACGCACUGUUUGACUAUAAUAUAAAGAGGUUUUCGAGGGUUUAAAAAAACCCCUAUAUAAUAACAGCUACACUGUUGUUAGACGUAGAUGACAUGUACGAGUAUAUCUGAAAUGAUUCUUACACUAUCAACAAUUAUUAGUGUUGCAAAAAAUAUAAAUAGCUUCAAAUCACAUUUAAUAUUACAAAAUUUCAUUUAAUGUUUCUUCAAUGUACUUUCUGUUUGACUUGCAACGCUGCGAUAUGUUACAAUACAAGUCUUAGUGUAGUGAAAACCUACACUAUCUUGUUUUGCUUGACUUUUGGGAAACUGGCUUCCAAAUCUGUAUACAUAUGUACAAUCAGUUUAUAGCAUCACAUAAAGAUCGUCACAUCGUUUUAAAAAUUAAAGAAAAUUAACGGGAACCGCCUCUUUCAAAUAGUCGGAGAUACAUUCAAGAUCAGAUUAUCAAGUGUAAUACAAAUAAGCUGUUCUUGUAAGCUAAAUUACUCUUAAAAUGGCCACGCCGGUCACGCAGCUAUUAGGCAGUGACUUGCCUAUGCCUCUAGUAUUGCAGAUGUCUAUGAGCAACAUUAACCAAUUUCUAUCAGGUGCCAUGCUCGACAGCCUGAGGAGGCAAUAAAUAAUACAUCGUUUAACCAUUGUAUGUACACACUUUGUACGACUAGCUGGAUAUAUAUGUAUAAAGUCAAGAUACUUUUAACAAUUAUGUUAAUAAAUGAUUCUCUUUUCGUAAACGUAGGAGUUGUCAGUAUUCGUUACAAAAAAUUAUUAACUGCUUUUAACCAAUGGUAUAUUUAAUCUAUCACGACAUAAGAGUUUCGUAGAUACGGUUCGUUAGUUGAAGCCAACACCGAAUGACGAAAACUUACAAGAAACACCCUAAAGGAUGUAAUUACCUUUAUGUUUAGAUUGUGCUUCUUGUUACGGUGGCUGCCCUUUCAACGGGAAUUUUGAGCCUCUAAGCGUAUGUUGUUAUCAUAGACGCUUUUGGUGUAUUUAGGAAAAAGACAUAGUUAUAUAGGUGUUCAAUAAGAACAAUAUAUUAAUUCUUUAAUAUAUGAAUAUUAUAUUAUAUACUUAUACCUAUAUAUGUUGUAAUUUAAGUUAAUUUACUUACAUAUCUAGUCUGACAUCAUAUUUUCUUAAUGAAUCUAAUCGAGUAGACAGUCUAGCAAAAAAAAAAGUAACCAAAUAUAUACUAUACCUAAAGGCAAUCAUUAUUUUUGCUGUGACAAUCAGAAUCACAAUCACUUUAUGGUUCGUGUAUCUCACAAGAAUAAUCCAACUGCUCUACGGUAUUUAAAUAAGAUAUAACAACUUCACUUUUAGCUUUAGUAUUAAUAUUUAUUAAACUUUUAUAAAUAUUAAUAAUAAACUUCUUGGAACCAAUGCUGACUCAUCGACAGGUUCGAAAAUCAUUUGUGUAUUUUUUAAUACAGUCUUGAUCCUUCCUCUACAGGCUACAAGUGGCAGGUCUGGUCACGAUUAUUUACAAGUUGAAAUUAUGAACUCGUCAGUAUCUAUCUUGAUCCUACUUUUCAAUUACCUAUCCAAUCAUACCUUUGUAUAAAUAAAUAAAGAACUGUUAUUCUUAAUUAUUAUAAUAAUAUAUGAUAUAAUUAACAAUUAACCAUAUUAUAUCUGCAUACAAUAUAAUAACGUUUGAUAUGCGGUGAGUGCUGAAGGUUUCGAUUUGAUCUACAAGGCGCAAACAGUAGGAUAUUUUCAGACAUUUUCAUAGCGGCAUCUUUGAAGGUAGACCAUACCAUUUUAAUUACCAUCAAGACUCCUCUUUCUAUAUACUUGUUCGUAAUACUACAAUAUAAACGGGCUCUUCUGUUGUAUGUAAGAAUUGCUUGAUAAUUGUUUAACCAUUAGGUACAUAUACCCGAAUCAAAUCAUACAUUCUUUAAUAAUGCUUAAAAAUUACUGUCAAUAAUUUUUCAAUCAACGUAAUGUAAUUUAUAUUAAACUUUUUUAACCAACGUUUGAUUGAUAUGAUUAAUUAAUCAAUUUCAAGAAUAUAAUUUACAUACAAACUUUUUCACUCGGAGCGUUCAGAAAUAUUUUUUCGUGUUUUGUUUCUAAGGUUUCUGAAUUUAAUGAAGUUUAUUUAGUCCGUCUGUCUGGCAUAAAUUGAACUAUCGUUCUUGGGAACCUCCGUUAUUUGGAAAUAGUUCUUAACGUCUAUAUCCACUUGAGCAGCAUCUACUUGAAGCUCAUUAAGACUGCUCACAUCCAGGCAGAGGGUCGAGACAUGUUGCGAUUUAUAGUGAUGCGACGCGAUUAGGCUUACAGCAAAAGCGCGAUAAGACCAGACGCGCGUAAAAUAGCUGCUUCUUUAAUAGUCAUCAAUUCUAUUAACGGAAUACACCAAAAAAAGGGAAAUUAUCGAUGCAAGAUAAAAGAGCUAUAUCGCAAUAGAUCGCGCUUUUAUUGACUUAGCCGGAGUAUCGUUAUCAAUUUUCAUUGGGAGCUAUGACCUUUUUUUUAUUCCUUGAUGGGUGGACGAGCUCACAGCCCAUCCGGUGCUAAAUGGUUACUGGAGCGAAUAGACAUUUACAACGUAAAUGCGCCAUGCUGAGAUCCAAGGUCUCAGCAUAGUUACAACAGCUGCCCCACCCUUCAAGCCGAAACGCAUUACUGCUUCACGGCAGAAAUAGGCGGGAUUGUGGUACCGGUGCGGACUCACAAGAGGUUCUACCACCAGUAAAAACUUACCUGAGACGCCAUGUCCAUCUCCACUAAGCGCACGGCUCAGACUAUGGUCCGUUUAAGCGAGGCUGCUUCUAGUGGAUACUUAGUUUUAAAACCAUUGAGUUCUUUAGAAUCGUUUCAACCCUAGUAUAUAUAAUUCCUGUCCAGCUUUAAGCAUAUAUACUGCAUAGACAAAUUCUCAUCUUCUUUUUCAAUACUUUAUCUCCACGCUCACUUACUCAACAGUAAAUUUGAAUUCUGCUAUCAUUAGGAAACGUAUUUAUCGGUGUUAGUAUUAAAAAUAUUAUAACAUAAAAUUUAUUAUAAUAACUUAUAAUUAUUAAUAUAUAUUAAAAUUAUUCAUAACCACACUUAUUGUAGUAACAUCGUAAUCAGACGUUUAUACUCUUAAUCAUACAUAUUAUUAAAACUCGUAAAUUUAGAAUGAAAUCGACACAUUUAAUGAAGUCGUAAGUUUUGACGUAGUAUACAUAUAUUUAAAUUAAAUGUCUCUAUUUAUCUAAGUUUCUAAUAAGAAACACUUAUUCUAUUUCAUAUAAGCUAGUAUAAUUUGGUGUAUGUGAGUGGUAUGAAAUCGUUCUUAUUAUUAAAUUUAUAACAACUUGAUACAAUAAAGAAAUGAAACGCUCGGAGCUGAUUUGCGUAGGCAUAUCAAAGCCGCUAGCCGAACUAACGGAAAAUAACUGAACACUCACACCGAAAAACUUCCGAAAUCUCUAUCAGACCAACUGGGAAUUUGGCUUGACUUAAGAAAAAAGAAGACUCCAAAAACGAUUCAUGCAAAAUAAAUAAAUAAAAAACUUUUAGCUUUUUUCGUUUUUCAAUGAAAAUAUUACCCAAAUUACAUAAUAAACAAAAUAAUUAUUUAGUUAAGCAAACGUUGAUCAUAAGUUUUCACAUUUAAUUUGAACGAAUCAUUCGUAAAUAUUGCACACAGUACCUAAUAAUACGGUUUAGAAAAACACGACUGACCGAGACGCGAAUAGUAAAAGAAAUCAAAGAACUCAAGUUCCGUGUAAAAUUAUGAAAUACCUUCGAAAGAACAGCAAGGCAGUCUACAAAAUCUUAAAAAAUUUCCAAAUAAUGAUAUAUUUUUUACAAUGAGACGGUUUCAUACCAAAGUAGCUAGUUUUGCAUAUCUAAUAGUUUUAUGAAAAAUGCAAUAGGCUUCGAAUUAGAUUGGGUGGAUGCAUUCACGUUUUAUGAUAACCACGGGCUCCGGGAAACUUUUGAAGUCGCGUGAGCGCAUCCACUCAAUAAGUUAUGUAUAUAAUAAUAUGCAUUAUCAUGCUUAAAAUUUUACAAUUUUAAUAUACUCCAAUAAUUUUGUUCCAUUAUAAUAUAGCUUCAUAUUUAAAAAUAACAUUUUCUGAUUUCGAAACAAAUUGAGAUGUUUACGUUCCUGGUUCUGUUAAUCAUUAUCGGCCUACAUUUAAUCAUACCAUAACUUUAACAUAUGCCUAUAUUUAUUUUGUUUUUAAAAAAAAAAACAUUAUUACAGUAUGUCUCUAUGGUAUUUGUGUUGUUAAAUCGCUUACCCAAAUUGAUAAUUAAUGUUAGUAAUUGCUUUUCUGUUUUGUAAUGUUCAAGAAUAUCUAUGUAUAUCAUUUUUAAUCUUUAAGCAUAUUUAAUCAAUUUAUAUUAAUUAAUAUUCAAUAAAGUUUCAGUAGAACAGAAUAAA